CGCAGUGUGGCCGGGUGGCUUGCUGGGGAUUCAUGUGGAGGUCAGCGUUGCAAAAGGAGGUGAGAUAAGAAAGCUGUUGGUGUAGGUGUGACACUUCUUGAAGCGCAGGAACAGGACUGAAGCAGACCCAAUGGCUGCCAAGAUCUUUGAAACCGUUGGAAAACUAGGACUGGGCCUGGCUGUUGCUGGCGGGGUUGUCAACUCUGCUCUUUAUAAUGUGGAUGCAGGCCACAGGGCAGUCAUCUUUGACCGAUUCCGGGGCGUUCAGGAUAUAGUGGUGGAUGAAGGGACCCACUUCCUCAUUCCCUGGGUACAGAGGCCCAUCAUCUUUGACUGCCGCUCUCGCCCCCGCAACGUUCCAGUCAUCACUGGCAGCAAAGAUCUACAGAACGUGAACAUCACACUGCGGAUCCUGUUUAGGCCGGUGGCUGCACAGCUUCCUCGGAUUUACACCACCAUUGGUGAAGAUUAUGAUGAACGAGUGUUGCCUUCCAUUACAACCGAAAUCCUCAAGUCUGUGGUGGCUCGUUUUGACGCUGGGGAGCUGAUCACACAGAGGGAGCUGGUUUCCAGACAAGUGAGCGAAGACCUCACAGAAAGAGCGGCAACAUUUGGUCUUAUCCUUGAUGACGUUUCCUUGACACAUCUAACCUUUGGGAAGGAGUUCACGGAAGCAGUAGAAAUGAAACAAGUAGCCCAACAAGAAGCAGAACGGGCCAGGUUCAUUGUGGAAAAGGCGGAGCAGCAGAAGAAAGCAGCAAUCAUCUCAGCUGAGGGGGACUCGAAGGCAGCAGAGCUGAUUGCAAACUCACUGGCCACUGCAGGCGACGGCCUUAUUGAAUUGCGCAAGCUCGAGGCAGCUGAAGACAUCGCUUACCAGCUCUCACGGUCCCGCAAUAUCACCUACCUGCCUUCAGGACAUUCUAUGCUUCUCCAGCUACCCCAAUAAGGUCCCUCUGCGUUCCUUUCCCACCCUUUUUUCUAUUGUUCCUUUGAAAGUAAGAUUGGCCACAAGUAAUCAUUGAAGCUUCUCAAUUUGGGGUUGAUGAAAACACAUGAAAUGGAAAUUGAAUAGAAAAUCACUUAAUUUAAUAAAGGCAAUCGAUAUUCCUCUCUCUCCCCUCUCCAUGGAGUAUCUUUUACCAGAUCAGUACUCAGAACAGAAGUUAUAAAGGACUGAGGUGGAGUUGGUAGGCUAAGAGAGGGGGCAUCGUCUAUCAUAUGGGAUUCUAACAAGAAAAGGCCAAUGUGAGCAAGGCUUUGUAAACCCAGUUCAUUUUAAGGUAACUGAACUGUGGUUCAAGUGAUUCAGCACUGGGUCGUCUCUGGCCCACAGUUGACAGGAAAGAAUUUGAGAGCUUUUCCCUAGCCAGUGUGUCACCGCUUUCCUGCCAAAUUCACCAUCAUACCAGUCUCUCUUAGCAGCUCAAGAAGUUCUCGCUCUAAUUACGACACCCCUUUGAAUGGCAAAAGGGCUGGUGGUUAAUACCGUUUUCAGCUCUGUGUUGAAUAAGGAUGAGACUAAGGCAGUUCUAUGUGAGGAAUUCCUGCUUUGCUGUUUCUUCCACAAGUCUCUCCUUUCUCUGGGACAGACAUCCCUCACCUCACUGUGCCUCACCCACAUUGCUGGAAAGGACUAAUUUUUGUUUCAUAAGUCUGGAGUUCCUGGUCUUGAGAGAGGUACAAGAGGUUUAUUCUGCUGGUAAUCUGAUGCCAACAGCAUUCAUAAAGUUUUUUUUUUAAAAAAAAACCUUUAAAAGUUCACUUAGAAAUGAAGAUACAAAAAACGGAGAUUGUAUUAACCUUUGAUAAAUGAACAAAUAAAAUAUCCCCCCUUAACACUG